AUGGGCGUCAUUCGACUGGGUGUAUGUGUCUCGGGAGUAUAUGCUGCAUUCCUCUUGUGGGCCAUAGCACAAGAACGAUUAUCAGCUCCAUUCCUAUCGACAUCUUCUCAUCCCCAUGUGCAUUCAUCUGAUCAACUGAAAGGCGAUAAAUUCCCUUCUCCGUUAUUCUUAAACUACGCUCAAGCAGUAGCUUCAUCGUUAUCGGCAUUAUCUUACCUACUCUUCAAUGCAUGGAGAGAAGGUAACAUACAUAGGGGCUUAUGGCAGAUCAUAGGAUUCAAUCAAUUAUUCUCGUCUGGAACGAAUAAUGAUAGGGUUUCAAAGCAGAAUGGACAUUCAACGCUAUCAAAACCGGAGAAAGAGAUAUCGAUUAAUGGAAAGCUCGCGGAAAGGGAAGCGUCAAAGUCGUCUAAACCUUGGAGAAAGAGUCUUCCUGCUUUAUUAUUUCAGGUUUCAUUAUUCCAAACUUUGGCUGGUCCAAUUGGAUUUCUAGCUUUGCGGCAUAUAUCAUAUCCUACUAUGGUACUAGGCAAGUCCUGUAAACUCAUUCCCGUUCUUCUGUUAAAUGUGCUCUUAUACCGUCGCCGAUUUUCCGCCCACAAAUACGUUGUUGUCGCUCUUGUGACGGUCGGUAUCAGUCUGUUCAUGCUAUUGGCUGAAGGAGGCAAGAAGAAGAAAGGAGGAAAUGAUAGUGCUUGGGGAUUAUGGCUGCUUGGCGUGAACCUGUUUAUUGAUGGUUUUACCAAUUCCACACAAGAUCAGAUCUUCUCUACUUAUCCUACCUUUUCUGGACAACAAAUGAUGUUUUCAAUGUCAUUCUUCACUCAGAUUCUCUUACUCCCAGCUUUAGUCCUACCACUUCCAACAAACCCUUUAUCACUUCUCUUACACCUCCCCUCCCCUCUGUCACCUUCACUUUCGAAAAUACCAUCAAGCACAACAUUCAGUCGACCUGAAUUCCUCAAUUCACUCUCUUUCCUCUAUACACAUCCCGCUGCGGUCGCACCGUUAUUAGCAUAUGCCCUUUUGGGUGGAUUAGGUCAAUUAUUCAUCUUUGAAACUAUUUCUCACUUCGGUUCAUUAACAUUAGUAAUGGUAACCGUGACAAGAAAGCUCUUCACUAUGCUAUUGAGUGUUUUUGUCUUUGAUCAUAGAUUAACUAAAGGGCAAUGGUUAGGAGUGGCUGUUGUAUUCGGUGGAAUUGGAGUGGAAGCUGGUAUGAAGCGAAGAGAAAUGCUGAAAAGAGCAAAGAAAGAUGAAUAG